GAAAGUCUUAGACAGUUAUAUAUAACCUUUCUUCCCUUCUUCCAAAGUUCCCAUCUAUUUUUCCUUUUCAGUUUAUCCACUGAUCCCUUUGUUUCCUUUCCUUUCCCUUACAACUUUCCUCAGCUUUACUUUUUGGCACAUUGACUCCUUGGAAAAGUUUUUCAGGGAACGGAAGCCACAAACUACUUCCCUUUGCAAGACUGAAUGCUUCUGUUCUGUAGGUGUAGGUGGAAAUGGUCUUUAAGAAGAAGAUGGUAAGAAAUAGGAACACACAUAAAGCCACUGAAGCAUGGGCUGACAUGCACAAGUAUGCUGCAGAAACUGCUUUAUUUGUGUUGUUCUGUCAGAUUGCUCAAGAUGCUGGGAGCAGGGCAUAGGCUCAAAGCCUUGGCAUGUGGAGAAGCUGCAGUGCCUCUUGUUUUUGGCUUGCUUUCACAGGCUCUCAGGUUCAGUGUUCCAUGAUUUGAUACUCAACACAAAACAUGCAGCUGGGCCCUAGCCCCUGUGCUGUCCCCUGUCCCUGUAGUGUGGGACACGCAGUCUUACUCUUGGCUAAUGAGAGACAAAUAGGAGGCCGCGUUGCUUCCACGGUAGCGUGUGCAGCUCAGAUGUGUCACAAAGAACAGGAGGGAUUCCAUGGUCUCCAACCCUCACCACUCCUGUGGGCUGCUCAGCACAAGCCAGACUGCGGCCUCCUCAGCUGGAAACCCCUACCCAAGGAAGGUUGCUGCCUACUGAGGGAAGUUAACCUGGUGUUGGUUGGGAGGGAACUGCCAACCUGGCAUGGUGGUGAGGAGGCCCUUUGCAGCGCUGCUUCUCAGCACUUGACCUCAUUUGGAGAGCGUAAGAGCCAACCUGCUCUACAGGAAGACACUCUGCAAGAGAAUAAGAAAGCUUACACAAUGAAUACCUACAAGCACUAUUCUCACUCCAGUGGCACACGGGUAACAUACUGCUUUAGGAACACCCCCCACCCUCGGAUGCUUUGCCACAUACCAGGGUUAGACAACAGUCCAAUCUGUUCUGUAAGAGACAGCUGUUUUGAGGAACUCUUAUACGCUGACAGAACAGCCAUCUGCAAGCAAAAAGCUGACAGAGAGUGUGUGCUAAAUGGAAACGCCAGAGGCAACUCACCUGCCAACAACUGCCUUCCAAGGCCUGAGGCUUUCAUACAAAGAGGGCCUGGCUCUUCACAGUGCGCAGCACAGCACGGAGAAGGACUUGCAGAUGUUCCAGAAAGGACUCAAAAUAGCCCUAAUUUACCUGAAAAGCUUUUGAAAAAACGACCCCAAACCUCUGCACAACCUGCAUCUACCCAGGGAGUCCUCCAGAGUCUCUCCCAGCCUUCCUCUGCACGCCCCACCUCCAGUCACGGCCCUCAAGUCCAGCAGGAUGCAGAUUUUGACCUAAGCUUCCUGCAUGGGGAAAUAAAGGUGCUUGAAAAACUGAAGCAUGUUCUCCAGACAGAUUCGCUUACAGAGAUCCAGGAAUGGCUCUCAAAGGCAAGUCUAAAAGAGAAAGUCUUAGUGUCCAGACUGAUACACUUUGAACUGACUGACAGAGACGGGCUGAAUAACCAGCCACAUGCAGUGCAGGAAGGCGCAGGAGAGAACACGAAUACCCAGAAUUCGCUAAAGCCUCGGCCUCCUUCUCAGGGAGGUCCAGAAGGAGAUACAAACAGCAGGCCUUCAACUACCGGAUCAGCAGCAAGUCAAAACACCAAACCCGAAAUGGAUAAAGACCAUCUUUUGUCCUCAAGAAUGAGAAACAGAGGUUCAGCACAUGCAGACACACCGUCUGCAGAGAAGAGCCAUGGGCGGCAAUGGAAACAAAGAGACGUGCCCUCGCAUGCUGCCCUGCAGCAAGGCAAACAACAGACAGCCCCCCUCCAAGGGAGGCCCAAGACUUCAUAGCCAUCAAUGCAGUUACAAGUCAUUUUCACAUACAGAAAUGCACCCUCUUAGCACUUGCAGAUAAAAAAAUUAGGAAAAAAAAAUGUCAAGAAAUCUGUUCAGAUUCCCUUUUAACAUUAUUUUCUGCUCCUUACAUUUGGCUCUCAAAUCAUACUGCAUAGGUACAUGUGAUAUAAGCUAAAUAGAAAAAAGAUAAAGUCUCUGGGUUCCCAAAAGGUGGCUGGAAUGACUGCAGGUGUCUACCUGACAGCAAACCACGGUGUACUUCCAUAUCUCCACAUUAGCAGAGAAGCAUCACAGAUUUUAGCAUCUGCAGCACAUGGGGCAAACCAAAUGUUAAAGCUACCAUGCAAACCUCAAGCCACUGAAAAGUCGGACAACAGUGAGAAAAAUACCUGGCCCUUUCUUAGGUCGUGUGAACGGUGAAAGCGGAAGAAUUGGAUUUCAUCUGCUCCGAACACACCUCUGUCAGUUCAUUCUCACAAAACCAAAGCAUGCUGAUAAAUAAGCUACAGUUCCAUUGAUUUUCUAAAUAAAAUAUUCAGUGAAAAUAAGCUCUUUCAAAACAACUGCUUGUUUGUGGGGAGAGACAUUCUCCUAGCACAGUGCUAUGGAAAAAGGAGCUUAGCUCUGUGCAGAGCUCAGCUUACUCUUCUAACAGCCCCUGUCAUCAUGUCCAACCAUUUCUACCAUAACAGAUGCUGCCUCCUCCAUUCCUGUUUCUCUCUGCAGGACAGGAGCGUGCUGUGAUCUGGGUGACAGUCCCAACUCUGUGAGCAGCCAGUGAAAAACCUCUUGCACAGAGCAGUUGCUGCUCAGGUGCAUUUGUCAACUCGUACCGCAGAUGCAGAAACUCAUUUGUACAAAAUGAUUUAAAUGGGUAUCAGUUUCUGGGAUAUGUUCGGCAUAUGUCGUUUCCCUACAGCUGUCCAACAGUAUUAACCUGUAGGGCAUGGCAAAUGGGAGCACAGCUUCAAAUGGGAGGAGUUGGCAAGCAUUAUAUUGUACAAGACAAACCUCCUUUCCUUCUACCGCGCUUUGAAAUUUCCCUUGUGUCUAAGGUAAUAACACUACAAAAGAGCUGUGAACCAAAUAGAAGCAAAACUGAACAGCAGGGCUGAGUGACCAUACACUGAGUGAACAGUAACAAUAUCUGUGUGUGUACUUUUGGGCCACAUUCACACUGCCUUAAUUCUACAUAAAUCUCUGCCCUAAGUGUUUCUUAUCAGCUGUCUCUCAGCAUCAUGCUGCGUUAAUUGAGCCUGAAAAGCUUAAUUAAGUCUCAGAGAACUUGGAGACUCAUUACUGAACAGAACCAGAAUGAAAGCAACAACUUCAGUACAGCUUUUCAAAAGCACAGUUAUGUUUCCUCCAUGAAGCUGGCAGGCUACUGAGCAAACACGUUAGAGCCAUUAAGUGAGAUGGUUUGCAAGGUUAGUUUCAAUCAACUGCAUCUUCAAAGUGAUUUCCCUUCAAAACCAUGAGCUACUGCUUUUGCUAGAUGUCUGAAAACAAAUGGUUUGGGUUGGAAGGGACCUUUAAGAUUACCCAGUUCCAGCCCAGAAUUGAAUGCAGUACUCCAGGUGAGGUCUCACAAGAGCAGAAUAGAGGGGCAGAAUCACCUCUCUCAACCUACUGGUCAUGUUUCUAUUGAUGCAACCCAAGAUACGGUUGGCCGUCUGGACUGCGAGCACAAAGGGCAAACAAAUUCAAACAUGAAUCGUAAGACAAGAAUAAAAGUCAUUUAUGUUUAGAGGAUAAGGAAUGGCAAAAAUCACACCAGAUCAACAGGCUACAGCCUAAUACAGGUGUUAACAAGUCAUGCUGUGCACCUGUCCUGACUCCUUCCCUGCUAUAUUGGCAACAUAGAUUCUCUAGUUAGAAGAGCUGAAACAGAUUCUUACAAACACGAAGGCACAGCAAGGAUGGAGAUCCUUGUAAGACUAUUCUGGUGAGGCAGCUGCAUUUCUUUGUCCUGCAAUAAAAUUAGAUGCCUCAUCUUCAGAACUAUCAUUUGCUCUUACCACCAACAGCUGGGAGUCUGCAGCCUUUUGGAACCAUCCUCUGUUACUGAGAAGAAUCAGACAGUACACUAAUUUAAACAGUCAUGCAUCAAUGUCAAACAUUUCUAAAUGCUUCACAAACUGCUCGGGUUGCAAACCAAUCUUUCCUGCAAGGAUUUAUUCCUAUUCCUUUGCAGAGGUUACACUGCCACUGCGGAUUGAGCCCACCCAAUAAAUCACUGCAGCGACCAGUUAAAACAGAAAACAGUUAAACACUUCACUGAAGUAACAAAAUAUGGGCAAAUUUGCAGAGUUUUCAGGGAAAAAA